AUGAAAGCCCUUCCAGAGUCCAGCUCAGAGCAGCGUUUGGACAAAUGCUCUCGCUGCGUCGUCGUUGGAAACGGGGGAAUCCUCCGAGGCCUCGAGCUCGGGCCGUUCAUCGACCAGUUCGACACAGUCAUCAGGCUGAACAGCGGCCCUCUGGGGGAGUUUGUGGGCGACGUGGGGAACAGGACCAGUCUGAGGAUGGCAUACCCAGAGAGCACCCCUCUGCUCUGGGCCGACCCUGACCCUGGAGCUCUGUUCGUGGCUGUGGUCUACAAAGCUGUGGACUUGGACUGGGUCUCUGCCAUGGUCCGCAAGACCGCUGUGCCUCUUUGGGACCGUCUGUUCUUUUGGCAGAAGGUCCCGGCUCAGGUCCCGAUCGAGUCCGGUCGGUUCAGACUCUUGAACCCUGAAGUGAUCCGCGAGACCGCCCUGGACCUGCUCAAGUACCCGCCCCCCAGACCUCGGCUCUGGGGCUGGGACCCGAUGGAGGACAAAUCAUCCGUGCCGAAGUUUGAUUGCUACAAGGAGCCAGCUACGCUAGGUCCUCGCUGGACCAGGUGGCUAACGGCGUUUGAACUGUUUGCUGACGGGAAAGGUUUAAUCUUGGACGCAAGGGUCACCGACAACACAAAGAUUCGGAGACGUGCUUUACUCCUACACGCCGGGACGGAUGUGCAGGAUAUUUUUUCCACUUUGGACGACACUGGAGGUUCGUCGGACUAUGACAAGGCUGUGAAGGCGCUAAACGACUACUUCGUACCAAAGGUGAACAAUGCAUUUGCGCGCCAAACUUUCUACCAACUGUCACAGAAUGCAGGGGAGACUGUACAGCAGUUCGUAACCCGUUUACGCCGGACGGCAAAAGACUGUGCAUUUGGGGGCGACUUGUCUAACCAGCUCAGGGAUGCUGUGCUAAGUAAAUGCUCGUCGGAGUAUGUGCGGAGGAAACUGCUCGAGGAGGGCUCGGAGUUAGUCCUCGACAAAGCACUAGAGAUCGCGGCACAGUGUGAGAGGGUGGAGGAACAGAUGGCGGCAAUGCGAGUGAACGACACAGACAUCAAAGGCGCCGAGGCGGUGAACCAAAUCUCGAAGGGGAGAGGAGAGCGGGGCAAAUUCCGAAAACGCGAGGGAGAGGAGAAAGGCAAAGUCUGCUUCAGGUGUGGACAUGGCGACCACUUCGCGAAAGACCAGAAAUGCCCAGCUCGCGGACAAACCUGCAGACAGUGCAACGGCAAGGACCACUACGCCAAGAUGUGCAAGUCAAAAGGCAAAAGAGCGACACAAGCAGAGUUCACAGUGAUCGCAGGUCAGGGUGUACCGCUACUUGGCAGGCAGACAGCUACAGAGCUAGGAGUGCUAAGGGUGGGUGUAGAUGUUGCAGCAGUCACCGAUGUUAAGACAGAGGUGCAAGGAAAAUACCCAAAGUUAUUCACAGGGGUGGGUAAGCUUAACACUAAGCAAGUUAGACUGCACAUCGACGGCAACGUGGAGCCCGUAGCACAGCCGCUGAGACGGGUACCAUUCCACCUGCGGGAGGCGGUCGAUAGGAAGAUCGAGGAGCUGCUACGAAUGGACAUCAUCGAGAAAGUGGAGGGACCAACGCCAUGGGUGAACCCUGUCGUAGUGGUGCCGAAGGCAAAGGACAAAGACAUUCGCUUAUGCCUGGACAUGAGAAUGGCAAACAGGGCAAUCAUCCGGGGCAGAUACCCGAUCCCGACCGUUGAUGAACUGUUGCAUGACAUGAACGGGUCAGCUGUGUUCAGUAAGCUCGACCUGCGGUGGGGCUACCACCAGCUGGAGCUCACUGAGGAGUCAAGGGCGAUCACAACAUUCGCCGUACACAGCGGAACAUACCGCUACAAGAGACUCAUAUUCGGGGUCUCGUCUGCGAGUGAGCAGUAUCAGCACGAGGUGACAUCGGCGCUGACAGGCAUCGAGGGAGUGGCCAACAUCUCCGAUGACAUCAUCGUCCAUGCACCUGACCACGACACGCAUCGCCAGCGACUACAUGCAGUGCUGGAGAGGCUGGAGAAGUGCGGCUUAACCCUGAACGGUGAGAAGUGUCAAUUUGAGAUGGACAAAUUAGUGUUCAUGGGCAUCUUACUGACUGAAAAGGGAGUAGGGCCUACCAGUGAGCGAGUCAGAGCCCUGGAGGAGGCACGUGAGCCAGAGAACGCAUCAGAGGUACGCAGCUUUCUGGGUCUAGCUGGGUACAGCAGCCGUUUCAUACCCCAGUUUGCGACCAUCUCAGAGCCGCUGCGGAGGCUGACAAAGAAAGAGGUACCGUUCGUCUUCGGGCCAGAGCAACAGGUGGCGUUCGAGACACUGAAACUGAAAUUGGCAGAGGCGGGAACGCUGGCAUACUUUCACAAAGAUGCCCCCACCAAAGUGAUAGCUGACGCAGGCCCGGUGGGCAUAGGGGCAGUUCUAAUCCAAGAGCAACAGGGUGCUAUGGUGCCUAUAUGUUAUGUAAGCAGGAGCCUGACAGACUGUGAAACGAGAUACUCGCAGACGGAGAAAGAGGCCCUGGCACUGGUGUGGGCAUGCGAGCGUCUACACCCAUACAUAUACGGCAAGAGGUUCGACUUAGUGACUGAUCACAAAGCCCUACAGGUGAUCUACAGCCCCAAGUCCAAGCCAUGCGCUAGGAUCGAGCGCUGGGUGCUCCGCCUGCAGCCAUACGACUUUCGAGUUGUGCACAUCGCGGGAAAGUUCAACAUAGCAGAUCCCCUGUCACGUCUACUGGGGAAAAGCGCUAAGAGCACGCCACAUCAUCAUGGAGCAGAAGAAUACGUGCGCUUCGUGGCGGUGCAGGCUACACCGCGGGCACUUACCACAAGGGAGGUGGAGAGAGCAUCCGCGGAGGACAAAGAACUGGAUGAGGUGAGAAAAGCGAUCAAGACAGGCCGUUUUGAAAAGUGCUCAGCUUAUGGCCGCAUAGCGAAUGAACUGUGUACUAUUGGACAAUUAGUGCUGAGGGGGACACGGAUUGUGCUUCCACAGUCACUGCGCAGCAGAGCUUUAAUCUUAGCUAACGAGGGACACUUAGGCAUGGUAGGGAUGAAGCAGCAUCUGAGGGGGAAAGUGUGGUGGCCGGGGAUGUAUAAGGCAACAGAAAAAUAUGUGAAGGCCUGUGAUGGAUGCAAACUAGAGGCACGUCCUGAUGUACCCGAGCCAUUGCGGCCCACUGCUCUCCCUGACGGGCCUUGGCAAGACCUUGCCACAGACUUAUUAGGUCCCUUACCUACAGGACAUUCAAUCCUGGUAGUAGUAGACUACUACAGUCGGUACUAUGAGUACGAGAUUAUGCGUUCCACUACAGCAGAGAAAGUGAUUGACAGUCUGGAGAACAUCUUCAGUCGCCAUGGUCUACCAGUCUCCAUCCGAUCUGACUGUGGGCCCCAGUUUCUGUCAACACAGUUCCAGGACUUCUGCAAGGAGAACGGCAUACAACACGUCAAGACGACACCGAAAUGGGCACAGGCGAAUGGAGAGGUCGAGAGGCAGAAUGCCUCCAUCAUGAAAAGAAUUCGCAUCGCGCACGCAGAGGGGCUGGACUGGCAGAAGGAGCUACGAAAGUACGUCACCGUCUACAGGUCGAUCGAGCACUCAACCACGGGCAGGAGCCCUGCUGAACUCCUGUUCAACCGGAAGCUCCGGGGAAAGCUGCCAGACAUCAGCACGCCGAGAAUCGACAUCGAGGCACGGGACACCGAUGCUGAGAACAAGGGCAAGUAUGCAGAGUAUGCAGACCAGCGGCGCGGCGCGAAACCAUCACCGGUGCAGGUGGGAGAUGAAGUUCUGUUGAAACAGGACAAGGUGAAGGCGAUCCACGUCCACACGGAGCAGUUCUCGGUGGAAAACAGGCUCCUGACUCCGACCAUGAAGGCCAAGAGGAACGAGCUGCGCGGACACUUCAGGGACCACAUCGACUCCCUCUACGCGCAGAUGAGACCGUAA